GCUAUCAGCAACAAGGACCAACACAGCAUCUCCUACACGUUAUACAGAGGUCAGACGGUGGUGGUGGAAUAUACUCAUGACAACAACACAGACAUGUUCCAGAUUGGUCGUUCCACAGAGAGCCCUAUAGACUUUGUGGUAACCGACACGGUGGCAGGGAGCCAGAGUAACUCAGACACCCAGUCAGUCCAGAGCACCAUCUCUCGCUUCGCCUGCCGUGUCAUGUGUCAGAGGACGCCCCCCUACACCGCACGCAUCUACGCUGCCGGCUUCGACAGCUCCAAGAACAUCUUCCUAGGGGAGAAGGCGGCUAAAUGGAAGACGUGUGACGGUCAGAUGGACGGACUGACCACCAACGGCGUGCUGGUGAUGCACCCUCGCCACGGCUUCACGGAGGACUCCAAACCGGGCGUCUGGAGAGAGAUCUCAGUCUGCGGUAACGUCUUCACCCUCCGAGAGACCCGCUCCGCUCAGCAGCGGGGCAAGAUGGUAGAGGCAGAGAGCCAGGAGCUGGUGGAUGGCUCUCUGAUAGACCUGUGUGGAGCCACGCUCCUGUGGCGCACGGCCGAGGGCCUGAGCCGCACCCCCACCAUCAAACACCUGGAGGCGCUACGUCAGGAAAUCAACGCAGCCCGGCCCCAGUGUCCCGUCGGCUUCAACACCCUGGCCUUCCCCUCCAUGAGACGCAAGGACACCCCAGAUGAGAAGCAGCCGUGGGUCUAUCUCCAGUGUGGCCACGUCCAUGGUUACCACAACUGGGGAAGCCACCGGGACAGAGACAGGCUGGACCGGGACAGAGACAGGCUGGACCGGGACCAGGAGGAGAGGGAGCAGGGCUGGAGCAGGGAGUGUCCUAUGUGUCGAGCCACUGGGCCGUACGUUCCCCUCUGGUUGGGCUGCGAGGCAAGCUUCUAUCUGGACACGGCUCCGCCCACCCACGCCUUCUCACCGUGUGGUCAUGUGUGUUCCGAGAAGACGGCUGUGUUCUGGAGUCAGAUCCCGUUGCCGCACGGAACACACACCUUCCACGCCUCCUGUCCCUUCUGCGCCCAGCAACUGAGUGGCGAGCAGGGAUACGUUAGACUCAUCUUCCAGGGCCCUCUCGACUAGGGGGACUAUUUGUCCUUGGUCGGAACUACUUUCCGUUUUGGUCGCAAAGGAACAACGCUUAGAACUUCCAACUGCCUGGGAUUUUGGGGCGGCGGGGGGUUUCUGGAAUGUUCUCUCCGUUUCUGUUUGUCUCUCUGUGCUUUUAAGUGACCUUUUCUAUUUUAGAUUUUUAUUGGGAAUGAAAACAAAGAUUUCUAUAUUUUCAUGUGAAACAAGAAGAGAAAGAAACCAACACUACUGGGUGAUUAUCAUUUAGUUUUCUGAAAGAACUGUAUUUAUCUAUUAUACUAACAUAUGACCACACAUGGGUUUAUUCUCCUUUAUUGUUGUGAUAUCCAUCCGUAUACAUCUUUAAGACUUCAAGUCCUUUAUUUCUGCCCAGACUUCAUAGUAACUCAACCAGAAAAUGAAGAUAAAGCUACAUUAGUUAUCCUCCUUUACUCUUCUUGAUCAAUGUGCUUCACUUCAAUACCCUUUAACGUUUUUAUUGUGCUAUCAGACCAUAAUAAUAGCAGAUCUCAAGUUCAAGUGUCGUAUUCACUGGAAGCUGAACGGAAGCAAACAGGAAGUGACCAACCUCCAUUGGUCCAAUGAGAAACGUUUUCCGUUGCAAAACGUUUUGCUACGGUAUGCAGUAAUGAGUACGACCAAGGUGGGUUUUGGGGGGGUUCAGUUUUGUGUAUAGUGGUAUGCGUCGUGCCCCUCCCCCCCAUCAUGGAUCUAUUGAGUAUCCAUGACAACGUCCUGUCAUAUUGAAACCUCUGUUGUCUGUCUGAUGGGGAGUUCUGGCUGUGUGUAAGGGGGUGAAGUUUCCCCUAAGUACAGAUCUAGGAGCUGCUUCUCCUCCCCCAAUCCUAACCUUAACCAUGAGUGGGGAAAAUGUGAAACUGACUCUAGAUCAGCUUCUAGGGGCAACUCCACCAGAGCACCGUGUUAUAACUGUUCAUUUUUUCCCACAAGGCAUUGCCAUGACCUUUCACAUUUGAAGCAAUAGAUUUGGAUGCAGACUUCCUACUUUUCGAGCAACCUGGGGUUUGUAGUCCCAUGAGUGAGUAUGAUUGACAGCUAUGUGAUUGCUGUCUGUAGUUUUGAUUGAGUGUUGAACACACACACUGUUGCCUGUGUAAAGACAGACGGGUCAUGUUGAAUGUCAUUCUCUUCUUAAGUAUCCUAGACGUCACGAUAAUUCUGAAUGAAACAGUAUUUAUAGGGACAAAAUACCUCAGUGUAAAAAGUAGUCCUGAACUUCAACCUUCAGAAUUCAGUGGUGGAGGGAGGGGGGGGGGGCAUUACAUAGUAUAACUUGUCUACGGAUGGUAUUUGAUCAUGUUUUCACAGUAUGGGUGUGUAUUUAGUGUACAGUAUUGUGUGUGUGUGUUGUAUUGUAUACAGAGGUCUCUCCACUGCUCUCUGAAUCUGACUGAUACUCACCUCAGGGAGAACACACACACCUCUGUCUGCUGUAUAGACACACCACACACACACCUCUGUCUGCUGUAUAGACACACCACACACACACACACACACACCUC